GUGGUCAGCCUGGGACGGAGGGGUGGGCAUUUCGUAGGAGCUCCUGGCUGCAGUCCCGGUCGCCGGGAUGGCGGCGUCGCAACCUUGCGCGGAUGGCUCCUGCUGCUCUCACCCUAGUACAGUGCCCGGGGUACAGCAGACGCUGGAGGAGAUGGACUUCGAGAGGGGAAUCUGGUCGGCUGCUCUGAAUGGAGACCUGAGCCGUGUGAAGUAUUUCAUCCAGAAGGCCACAGACCCAAGCCAGCCAGACUCUGCCGGCUACACCGCACUGCACUAUGCCAGCCGCAAUGGGCACUACGCUGUUUGCCAGUUUCUGCUGGAAAGCGGAGCGAAGUGUGACGCCCAGACCCACGGGGGCGCCACGGCUUUGCACCGUGCCAGCUACUGUGGGCACACGGAAAUCACACGGCUGCUGCUAUCCCAUGGGUCCAACCCCUGGCUGGUCGACAAUGAUGGCAUGACCAGUCUGCAUAAGGCUGCGGAGAAGGGUCAUGAGGACAUUUGCUCCCUCCUGUUACAACACAGCCCAGCCCUGAAGGCCGUCCGGGAUCGCAAAGCACGCCUAGCAUGUGACCUGCUGCCCUGCAACAGUGGCCUGUGGGACCUGCUGGCCAGCUGAGGCUCCACCUCCUGUCUCUGGCUGCCCUUGAAGGGUACACAGACUAGCUCCCCACACCCCUGCCCUGCUCAGCGUCAUGCUGCUGGGACCAGGGCCAGAUUGCCCAGAAGAGCCCCGCCUGGCCAGUGUGGCAGCCGUAGGGAGGCUCGGGAGGGCUGAAGGCUGGUGAGCCUGGACAGGUGACCAUAUAAGUUAGUCCAUGUACAGACAGACACAUAGCCAUUUGGAAGAAAAUAAAGCUUAUAUCUUGAUGUUACCCCAUGGACAAAGAUAAAUUUCAAAAUACAGUCUUCUAAAGAUAAAAACACAACACUUUGAAGUAUCAGAAGAAAGCCUGGAGUGUGUAACAAAGGCUGUUUUCUGGCUGAAUGAGCUUGGUCUGUGUCUUCGAGAUGAAAAGGAUUGCCUCACGGUUGCUCUGGGGACCCAGGAAGUCUGUGGACGGAUGCCCUAAGUGAGCACACUCACUACAUAACAAACAGCAGGGGAGAGUACCCGCUGCUCGGCCUGGCCUGGUAAUGCAGGCCUCAAAUACCGGCUGUUCAUGAGGCUGCAGAGGAGUUCAAGGCCAGCCUGAGCAACAGGUAAAGGGGAUAUAGGUCAGCGAUGGAAUGCUUGCCUGACAUGCAAAAGCCCUGUGUUCGAUCCCUGAUAUCGCCCGGUCCCCAAAGUCUAACCAACAUGGGCCUUUAUUCCCAAUGUUCAGUUCUACUCCUCCGCCCCGUGUGAAGUGUGACUGGCAGGUAUGGCUGGACACACCUUUAAUCCCAGUGCCCUAAGUAGGAAGAUCUCUCUUCGAGCUCCAGGCCAGCCAGAGCUAGAGACCCUAAUAAUGCCAGGUAACUGUAACUGCUUUCCUGUUUGUCUAGCAUUGAUUGCUAGUCGGGCUGCACACCUGUCUUUGACUUUCCUAUCUAUGCCCAUUUAAAAUGUUUUUGUUCUUGAUAUGUAGCCAAGGCUAGCCUCCAACUUUGGAGCCCUCCUCAGGCCUCAGCUUCCUGAGUGUUGGGAUUCUAGGCAUGUAGCACCACUGGCUUGCUAUGUUUUUAUCAGUUCACAGGAACUUUAUAUUAAUGGAUAUUGAGCCUUUGCUCUGGGUGUGUUUGUACAUAGAAACAUAUAUAGUGUACAUAUUAUCUAAUGUAUAUUAAAAUGUUCUUUAAUGUCAUGACUUGCCUUAAGUAGACUGGCUUGUGGUCAUGGAAACUGGUACAGUAUAGAUGGCAAUUUAGCUAUACCUAUUUAAAUGUGUGGCGCUAAUCAUUGACUUCUCCAUAGCAACAUAGGCAGAUGCAUCCUUGAUUACAAAGGUGCCUACUUACAGACUCAUUUACAAACUCUGCAAGAGAGAAGCACAGGGCCCUGGCUCACCCAGCCCUGGGGGUGAGAGACAACACCAGGCAUGGCGGCACUCGGGAGCUUAGGCAGAAUUAGAGUUUAGUCUGAGCAACAGUGUGAGACUGCGUGUGAGCAGGGGAGGGAGAGAAGGACUGACGUACUGAGAGAAGACAAACUGCCCCGCUCCCUGGUAGGGGGGUCAGGUGCCACCUGUACCAGCGUUGGUGGCGGUGUGGGAAGAGUGCCAAGCUGUACCACAGUAUGACAUUCUUCAAAUAAGGAGCUGUGAGGCACAGGAGGAAAGGCCAGGAAGGCGCGUUUUCCCCUGGGCCACUGAGGCAAGGAUAACCAAGCAGGUCUCUAGAUUUAUUUUAAAAAUAACGAGUAAUUAUCUUGGUUUUUGUUUUUAAUUUAGCGGUAAUACCAGUUCCCUUUGUUUGGGACAAACUAGCAUUUUCCUAAAAAAAA